AUGUCGUUGUGCCAGAACCGUCUACAAGAAGAGCGAAAGCAAUGGCGUCGCGAUCACCCAUUUGGCUUUGUCGCAAAGCCGAAACGUGCCCCGCAGGGUGGCCUGGACCUGAAGAACUGGGAAUGUGCUAUUCCAGGGAAGGCUAACACUCUCUGGGAAGGUGGACUUUUUAAAAUCGACCUGAUUUUCCCCGAUGGCAAAUUCACGCCGGCACUUUUCCACCCAAAUGUUUAUCCUUCCGGGACGGUCUGCCUGUCAAUUCUGAAUGAGGAGGAGGGUUGGCGACCUGCAAUCACUAUUAAGCAACUCUUGCUUGGCAUCCAAGAUCUCCUGGAUGACCCAAACCCCGAGUCACCUGCGCAGGCUGAGGCCUACAACCUCUUUAAGAAGGACCGCCCCCAAUACGAACGCAGGGUCCGCAUGGUUGUCAAGGAAAAUCAGCCCAACUAG